AUUUGAGAUGGAUUAUUUCUUUUAUUGAAACUCUAUUCUAAUAUCAAAUACGUUCUAGUUUAAUGUUUCAUUAUACAUAAAUACGGCUGUAAAGGAAUAUCCCUUCAAAAUUGGACAUUGAUAGUAACAAAUUGUUACCAACCCUGACAAUAGUACUAAUCCCUUAAAACGGCCAUUGAAAGGACAUGCUUUUAAUACUAUCUACCGACACUACAACCUGUUCAAUCAAACCAGUGAAAUGAAAUUCUCAAUCACCAUACUGUCAUUGAUAUUGGCUGUCUGUUCAGUUACUAUCGCUAAUUCCGUUAUUCCCAGUGCAACUACAAGUGCUGAAUCUAGCCCUUCAACGGUUGCUGAUUUAGAUGUAGAUUCGGUUGACUGCGGUAAAUAUUCAAGAAAAGCCAAGAAGUUGAUCAAAGCAUACGCAACAAACAAACGCUGCAUCGACACAACAAAGGAAAUGUGCAAAUCGAUAGCAAGAUCGAUUUCUGUUCAAACAGAGUUGAUACAACGACUGAGUAAAAGACUCGAGCUUCUGGAAUCUAGAUGCCCGUUAAGAACUAGGUUAAGCUAUGAUGAAACUGUUUUAAAACUUGGAAAAGAGCGUAAAACUCUUGCAUAUCUCGAAAAACAGGAGAAAGUAUGCCGCAACGAGCUUCUUGAUUUGCGCAGUAAGCUGCGUGUGUCCAAAAGAAGACUCAUAAGACACACCAUUUGGGACCAUUCGAAUUUUCAACCAGCCAGUUUAUACACGAUGUACCUCGAAGAAGAGCCCAUCUUUAUGGAUUGUUUCAACCAAUUCUUCACUGACAUACCGAGCCCAUUAUCAAAAUCCAUGCAUGCCUCUACUAGUAGAACCCAGAGCUCAUCACAACAAGGCCCUAGUGAUCAAUCUCCAUCUGAAAAGACGUCUAUAGCCCAUUCCACUCAAGCAUCCUCUAGAGUGUCACACAGUUUACAGAGAGCUUCCUCCAGUCUACAAAAAGCUUCUUGCAAUCUUAUAAAUAAGUUUAGAUCACUCUUGGAUCGAUCUCAAAGUGAAGAUUGCGAACCGUUGAUUUGA